GAAGCGAAGUGCAGUCCAAUGAAAUGUCCCCACAUGCACAAUUCAAUUCCAAACCUUAUAGCUUAAAGGCCUUCCAGCUCCACGGCACCCCCUGCCUGACCUCGUUACUGCACCUCGAUGGCCCACCAAGCUACAGACCUCGCCCGUAACUACGGUUCCAUAUCUUCUUCCAGCGAGCAUGCCCCCGCCGUGCCCCUCAGACGCUCCAACGUCAAUUCCAAUGGCCAUACCAACACCACUGCCGAGCCGCUGUGGGCUCUGACUUCUCACAAUGACGAGCUUGCACCUCUGGCUGCGAAAUGCGAUAAGCAUAACGAAUCCAGAGACGUGUGCUGCAAAACUCUCAAGGGGGACGAUGAACGCAUGCUCAUCGAUCCAGACGUCGUCCGCGAUAUAAUCAUUGGUCUUUCGGAUGGUCUCACUGUUCCGUUCGCCCUUACGGCUGGUUUGUCAUCCAUUGGCGACUCUCGUAUCGUCGUCAUUGGAGGUGUGGCAGAGCUCAUCGCAGGUGCAAUAUCCAUGGGAAUCGGCGGGUUUUUGGCGUCCCAAGCGGAGCGCGACCAUUUCUAUUACCUCCGCAAGCGAACCCGGCAUCGCGUUCAGCGAUCAUGUGCCGGAGAGAUGGAGCGAGAAGUUCACACCGUACUAGGCCCAGUUGGCGUGAACGAAAAGAUCAGCCGACAACUUGCGGAUGACCUAUUGGCGUUGGAAGAUCAGCAAACUCGUGAGGCCAUUGAAUAUGCUCGGACACACCCCGAGAGUGUAUGGAAUUCAGACGUCGGUUUGACGGCUUUCUUGCUGAAAUUCGGCGAGGGGAUGGAGGAAGUCCCAACGGCCCGGCUUUACAUCUCAGCGUUCACGAUCGGCAUGGGAUAUUUUAUUGGUGGACUCAUCCCGCUCCUUCCUUACUUUUUCAUUAAUGUCGCUCAGGUUGCUUUGAUUUACUCUUGCAUCAUAACGGGGAUCGUCUUGCUCAUCUUUGGAGCUAUCAAGCAGCACUUCACUGGUGGGAAGGGUGGUUUCUCAGGAUAUGCUUGGGGAGCGUUUAGCACGCUCUUCGUUGGAGGUGUUGCAGCUGGUGCUGCAUUCGCCAUCGUCAGAGCUUUGGAAGCUUAG